CAAUCAUAUCCAUUCAUAACUUCUAAUUAAGUACAAUUUUUCUUUUCAAUUCUGAAUUUUGCAGUAACUUUCUUUCUUUCUGUCUUGUCUGUCUAAGAUCCCAUAAUUUUUUUGUUUUUUACCUUUUUCUAGUAAAAAAAAAAAAUCAAAAUUCAGUCCAUACAUAAAGUCUACUAAAAUGGCAGCUGGGCAAUUGAAAUCUGUUGCUUCUUUACUUUUGGUACUUAAUUUCUGCAUGUAUGUUGUAAUUUUGGGCAUUGGUGGUUGGGCUAUGAAUAGAGCUAUUGAUCAUGGCUUCAUAAUUGGUCCUGAUUUUAGUCUCCCGGCUCAUUUCUCCCCGAUAUACUUCCCGAUGGGAAAUGCGGCGACAGGGUUUUUCGUCACCUUUGCAUUGAUUGCCGGAGUUGUUGGGGCCGCCUCUAUUCUGGCUGGAGUCAACCAUAUUCGGUCUUGGACCGUUGAGAGCUUACCAGCUGCUGCCACAGCUGGUAUCAUUGCUUGGACUCUUACUGUCCUUGCUAUGGGAUUUGCAUGCAAAGAGAUUCAACUCGAGCUAAGGAAUGCUAAAUUGAGAACUAUGGAGGCAUUCUUGAUUAUCCUUUCAGCCACACAACUUAUAUACAUAGCAGCUAUUCAUAGUGUUGGAUCAUCAAGAAGAUAAAUUUGAGAGUUAAAAAUGGGUUCUUAAAGUUGUGUUCUUUGUCCAAUUUUUUACAUUUUUUUUUUGUAUUUUCUUUUUCUUUUUUUGUUGUUUUCUUUACUAAAGCCAAAAUCUUGUUAGGAGGAUUGGCAAUGGCAAUUAUUUGUUGUGUGAUUUGGUGUGAUGUGAAUUGAUUGGAUUGGUUUAUUUGUAAAAAGAAAAAUAAAUAAAAUUAUUUGUGAAAUACAAUGAAUUUAUUACAUCUUUUUUAGUACUA